AUGAGCAAAUUAGUAGUGAAAGACAAUGCCCUAAUGAACGCUAGUUACAACUUGGAUCUCGUUGAACAGCGUUUAAUUCUAUUGGCAAUCAUCGAAGCAAGAGAAUCAGGCAAAGGAAUUAAUGCAAAUGACCCGCUUACGGUUCAUGCAGAGAGUUAUAUCAAUCAAUUUGGUGUUCAUCGAGUAACUGCAUAUCAAGCUCUCAAAGAUGCUUGUGAUAACUUGUUUGCACGUCAAUUCAGCUACCAAUCCAAAAGUGAAAAAGGGAACAUACAAAAUCAUCGUUCACGUUGGGUUAGUGAAAUUAUUUACAUUGAUACAGAAGCAACAGUAAAAAUAAUAUUUGCACCUGCUAUUGUCCCACUGAUUACAAGGCUAGAAGAACAGUUCACCAAGUAUGAUAUUGAGCAAAUUAGUGAUUUAUCGAGUGCUUAUGCAAUUCGCUUAUACGAGUUAUUGAUUUGCUGGCGUAGCACAGGGAAAACACCAAUUAUUGAGCUAGGCGAAUUUAGAAAUCGGGUUGGUGUGUUAGAUAGUGAAUAUCAUCGAAUUGCACACUUGAAAGAACGAGUUAUUGAACAUUCAAUUAAACAGAUUAACGAGCAUACCGACAUCACAGCCACCUACGAACAGCACAAAAAAGGGCGGACAAUCACAGGAUUUUCAUUCAAGUUUAAGCAGAAGAAGCCCAAACAAGCCGAAAUUGCUACAGAAACGCCAAAAACAGCCACGAAUGACCCAGACACGACAAAACCCCUUACAGAGCCUCAGAUCGCAAAAUACAGCAUGAUUCUGUGCAAACUAGGCAGUAUUUCAGACUUGAGUAACUUCCCAGACUAUCCAGCUUUUGCAAAUUGGAUUGGGAACAUUUUGAGGAACCCUGAAAAAGCAGAUGAACAAAUAGCAAAACGGAUUUUCACAGCAUUGAAAACAGAAACCGACUACAGCAAGAAAAACUAA